GCUGUCGAGGCCAGAGUCCGAGUCAACGCUGCCCACCGACUUCGGCUUCAAAUACUAUCAAUGACAGAAAACGAAUCCCCUGCGGAUAUUCAGCUCGUCGCGCAGCUAGAAGGUCAUGAUGAUCGCGCCUGGCAUGUCGCGUGGAAUCCUAAGCGACCAAUACUAGCAUCAUGCUCAGCGGACAAGACGGUGCGGAUGUAUCACUAUCACUCGACUUCGUCUACAGAAGGCGAAGGGGAAAGCAAGCCAGUGUUCUCGCACAGUACGACCAUCCCGACCGGGCAUGCAAAGACAGUACGGUCGAUCGCUUGGUCACCAUCGGGGAAAACGCUCGCUACGGCGUCCUUCGACUCGAACAUCGGUAUCUGGGCGCAGGAAGACGAAGAUGACGCCGAAGAUCUCACGGGAGGGAACGGAGAGUGGGAAUGCAUGAGUCUCUUGGAGGGCCAUGAGACGGAGUGCAAGACCGUUGCAUAUUCGGCGGGAGGAAAUCUUCUGGCGAGCUGUAGCAGGGACAAGACAGUAUGGGUCUGGGAAGUGCACCCGGACUACGACUUCGAGUGCAUGGGCGUCCUCAUGGAACACUCCCAAGACGUCAAGUGCGUCGCCUGGCACCCCACAGAGGAGGUCCUCGCAUCCGCGUCGUACGACGACACCAUCAAGCUCUAUCUAGACGACCCUUCGGAGGACUGGUACUGCUUCGCGACGCUCGCCGGGCACCAGUCGACCGUGUGGUCGCUCGCCUUUUCGCCCGACGGCAGGUUCCUCGCGUCAGGCUCGGACGACUUCACAGUGCGCAUCUGGGAGCGCGUGCAGGAGCACCAGUGGGAGUGCGUGGAGGUGCUGGAGGGCCAUGAGCGCAGCAUUUACUCCGUCAGCUGGGGGAAGGGAAAGGCUACAAGCGAAGGGUCGCUCGGCUGGCUAGCGAGCACGGGCGGCGAUGGACUUAUUCUCGUCCGGGAACUCAGUAUUACAACACCCGGUGAGAGCGGUGGAAAGAGCACACUCUCGGACAAGGUGAUCGCGCGUCUACCCUCCGCACACGAUGUUGCCGAUGUCAACAGCGUCGUGUGGUGCCCAAGAGAUGGGUACGAAGAUGUGUUCGCUACAGCAGGUGACGACGGAUUGGUGAAGGUGUGGAAAGUACACACAAAUUGAAAGUCUGUACAAGAGCAAACGGCAGUUGUAGACUAAGCAUGAACUACUUUUUGUAUCGAUAGAGUGCAAUUGUCUCAGAGCUGCAUAACCAUCUGACGAAAGGCGAAAUUCAAUGUGCAUCGUCAAUUAAACUUCG